AAAGUUAUAUAUAUAUAUUAGAAAACUGGGAAUCUGAGAUGGAUUACAUACUAAUGGUGAAUAUGCAGGUAAUUAUGAGGAAGGGCAAGGGCAGAUUUUGAAGCUUCCCAUUAUAAAAGAAGAGCAGCACACUCUUUCCAAUCCCCCCCCCCCCCCCCCUGGAAUUAGCAAUAUAGUCAGUGUAGCUGUGGGGGGAAAAUGUCUCUUGGAAAGUUCAACAUCGUCAGGCUCCGCCAAAUGCUGCGGCGGUGGCGUAGCAAGGCCCACCGAAUACCGUCCGAUGUUCCAGCGGGACAUGUGGCGGUGUGCGUGGGCACCAACUCGAGGAGAUUUGUGGUGCGCGCGACGUACCUGAACCACCCCGUGUUCAAGAAGCUACUGGUUGAGGCGGAGGAAGAGUACGGGUUCUCCAACCACGGCCUUCUCGCCAUUCCCUGCGACGAAGCGCUAUUCGAACAACUACUACGCUUCAUUUCACGCUCCGACUGCCACCUCGCCCUUAGAAACAACCUCCACUUCUACCUUCAAUCCCUACCACUACUCCACUGAAUUCUGAGCAGACGGCAAAGCGGUGCCAAAGUGGUCCACCCAGUCGUCCCGGCUUCAAUCGGACUUCAUCUUAUUCAACCUUUUUAUUCUUUUGUAAAUUACUCUUUUUUAUUUUUGAUUGUGUUGUCCGGGGAGUAAUGAUGGAAAUUCAAUUAUUAUAGAUUCUCCGUGUGCGUUUCGCGCACGAUGCAAUCAUGGAAAGACAAAUGAGAGUUAUCAUGGCAUCAACUCAAUCAACCCACGUGAAGGAAAAGCAGACCUAAGUUUCAAAGUACUGUACACAUUUAUCAAGUAUUUUAAGUUACUCAUCUUAUUUCACUCU